CCAGUUCCCUGCCCUCCCUGGUGGAGAGACCAGAGAAGUGAAAAUGCAGAACCUGCCCCAACCCCGGCCCGCAGGAAAGAAGGGAAACACACAACCCACCCCAACCCCGGCCUGCAGGAAAGAAGGGAAACACACAACCCACCCCAACCCUGGUCUGCAGGGAAGGCCGUGCUGUGCUGCGCAGGGAUGAGCCAACCUUUGGCCUCUGACCUUGCAGUGAUGUCACAGCAGCUCCGUGGCGACAGUGCACCCAGCACCUCCUGACCACUCCUGUUACAGCAAGGGGUGGGGUUGGCAGCCAUGCGCUGGGGCUGAGGCUGGGCUGGAGGAUGGAGAAGGACUCAGGAGCCACACACAGGAGACCCCGGCCUGGCCCCGGGGCCUUGCCCUUGGGAGUGGCCCUUGGGCACCUCAAGUCAGCCAGCGAGGCUACUGAACCUCAGCGGAGCAGGAGUCUGGGGGUCCUGCAGCUGAAGGGAGACCCUCCCAGCCGCCCUAGGAAGCUGCACAAAGAGCCAGAGUCUGAAGAUCAGGGGAAAGACCCAAGCAGUAACGCAGAAGAUGCCAGCUGUUGGGCAGACCUAGCACAAGACAAGAAGGAAAGCUCCUCCGGCACCCUGGGGAAGCUGGGUCAUGAGCGUGGAAAGUGGGACCCGGAGAAGAGCGGCUUGGAGGCCAGCACGCAGGAGGUGCAGGAAGGCACACACGAGGAUGGAGGCUGGCAGGAGGCCGAGGAACAGGAGGCAGAGUCCAUAAAUCUAAAUGACCUCCAGGAAAAAGAGAAAUCGUCUGUGUUUGUGGAGAUUGAUCUGGGAGACCAUGCAGAGGAGGUGGUCACCGAUGCCAAGAAAGAAGAGAAGCCAUCCCAGAUGGAUGUGGGAGAUCCCUCAGAAGAUGAGACACAGACCAGCUGGAUGUGCUGCAUCCUGUACUCCACCAGGAAGAGGGCAAAGGAGAGUGCCUAGCGCCCAGGAGAAGAGCCUUCUCCGACACGCACUGAGGUUCCUGUUUUCUUCUUGUGGAACUGGCCCUGCCUGGGAGGAGUGAGCGCACAGACAGUGCCUUUGGGUUAAAGAUCACACCAGCCCCGAGCAACAGCAGGUGCCAAUGACCACGCCAGGUGUGAGCCAUGCCUGAAACCCACUACCCAUUGGGAGAAUGAUGAUGUGAUCUUAAAAAGCAAUAAAUGAGCAGGGGAAGAUGCGGCUCUUCCUCUCCACCAG